AUGCUGCCGUACGCCUACACCACCAACGACGUCGCGCAGCUCUUCGCUCCAUUUGGGAAGCUGGCGCGUGUGCUGGUGCUUCGUGACAAGCAAACGCGUCUCAGCCGUGGCGUGGCCUUUGUGCAGUUCGCUCGAGCCGAGGACUGUGCCAAGGCGGUAGUUGCGAUGAACAAAGUGUGGCUGGAGGGGAUGACGCUCGCAGUGUCCCUCUGUCGGGACAACGGCCGCUCGCGGGAGUUCACCAAAAAGCGCAAGUACACGACGUCCCAACGCUGCUUCGAGUGUGGCGACUUGGGCCACGUGUCGUACGAAUGCCCGCGCAACGUACUGGGCACACGGGAGCGGCCUGUGACAACAGGAGGUAAGAGUAGCAGGAAGAAUCUCAAGAAAAAAAGAAAGAAGUUUGCUCCGCAUGAGCGCGCGCACUAUUUCAAUGACGAGGGCGUCACCAACAUUUUAGCGCCGCCUACGGGUUCUGACGACGAGGACCUCUCCAUCUCGCUGCUGGCGUACCCGUCGACAAUAUCUUCAGCUUCAGCCUCGUCGGCACCGCCUUUGGUUCUUAUGCCGCCAGUAUCCGCAGUAUCAGCAGCGAUUUCAGCGCGUCGUCGUCCCCAACGGAAAGCAGACAGCUACUUCAGCGACGAGGAUGCCAGCGACGACGAGUGAGUUGUUGGAGAACGUGGACUUUUAUCGCGUAAUUUGGGCAAUAACUUAUCAACCGUGCGAUGCUUA